AUGGCGCUACGGAAGGACUACCCAUGGCUCACACCCGCCGCCCCGGCAGUAAUAUCCAGCCCCAUGAUGAAAAUAUGCAUGUCAAAACUCACAGUUGAAACCACCCUCGCCGGCGGACUUGCCUUCCUAGCAGCAGGCUUCGACGUCUCAAAUCUCGCCAAAGACCUCGCCGAGUGCGCAGAGCUCUUCCAAAAAGCAAGCUUCACUCUAUCCGACAACAAUAGCCUCCCAAUCGGCGUCGGCUUCCAGAACUGGGGCGCCGACCUUCAAGUCACUUUGAAAGCACUACAACAGCAUCCCGUCGCAGCGGUAUGGUUCUUCGGGCCCAAGAAGCUCAAAGACUACGCCAAGUGGACAGAAUCCAUCCGCGAGAUCAGCAACAACAAAACAAAAAUCUGGAUCCAAGUCGGCACCGUCGCCGAAGCGCUCGAAGUAGUCCGCCUCUGCAGACCGGACGUCCUCGUCGUUCAAGGCGCAGACUCGGGCGGCCAUGGUCUCCGUCAACGCGCCGGCAUUAUCACCUUACUCCCAGAAAUCGCCGAUGCUCUGCGCCGGAAAGGCAUUCACAUCCCCCUCGUAGCCGCCGGCGGGAUCAUCGACGGGCGCUACAGAGACGAGAUCCUUCGUGUAGUCGAUGGCGGAGUGGCGACCGCACCGUCAACGAUCUACGACAAGGCGAGGGGGAUCACGGGCUGGCCAGAAACGUAUGUUGGUCGAGGCGUCACCAAUAAGACCUACCACGACGCUGCACGUGGACGGAAUGAGAACGUGAUCAAGGCGUUGCACGACGAAGCGCUGGAAAAAAGUGGUGGCACCAAGGGUUGGGGCCCGAGAGGGAGGCUGACGACUUACGCGGGCACGGGUGUUGGACUUGUCCGCGAAGUGAAGUCAGCGAGGGAAAUCGUGCAAGAGAUCCAGAGGGAUGCAAGCUACAUACUUGGCAGACGGGCGGCGGACUACGACGCCACGAGAGGUAGACCAUCUGGCGAUGGCCUGAGGAGUAAGCUGUAA